AUGGAGGUGAUUUACAGAAACGUGACGAACACGUAUUUCGACUACCGGAGGGAAAUAAAAAAAAAGAAAAACCGAUUCAAGCUGUCCGCGUAUGAACAGCUGGACGACGAGGAUUCCGGGAGGGAGGAGAACCUGCUAAGUCGAUCGGAAGACCUAGAGAUGCAGGCGCACAGUCUGCUGCCACCCCAGUGGAUUGAGAAAAUAGAGGAGUGCUCAGAGGACAUAGGAAACAUCAAGUUAAAAUUAAUGGAGCUGGAAAAAAUAAAAAAAAAAAAACUAGUAAAUGUUUUACAAGACGAUCAGAUGAUCGUAGAGGAAAUUGCCAAGAUGUGCACUGAGAUAACUCUUUUGAUUAAAAAUUGCGAGGGGAAAAUUCAAGCGAUCGCAUGGGAUGAUGCAGCGUGGGGGGAGGGGAAAGACAUGCCAACCGACGAACAACAUGCCAGCCCGCAAGACGAACGAACGGAGAAGCAGCCCCCCCCCAACGACCUAAUUGGACAGCUAAAAAUAAACGCAAAAAAAAGUUUAAUUUCGCAACUUAAAUCCAUCUCACAGGGGUUCCACAACAAACAAAAGGCAUACAUAAACGAAUUUAAAAAAAUUUCAAAUGAGUGUAACGAUUACGCGGGUGACUUUGCUGUUGAAACAGUGGGAGAUGUCCAAGGGGAGGAGUUAACCUUCCAGGGGAAUAACAAUCUCAGUGGCAUAAAUAUGGUAAAGAGAAACACAGAUUUGAGGAAGAUCUCCAACACAGUUAUCGACUUGCAUCACAUUUUUAAAGAGCUGUCUGUCAUGCUGGUGGAGCAGGGCUCCAUGCUGGAUCGAAUUGACUACAAUUUGGACCUAUCCAUCGAUAAGUGCGAAAAGGGAUUAAACAAAUUAAAAAUUUUCCACAAGAGCGAGGGGGACAGGCUGGCUGCUCGCUGCGUGUCCUUCCUGACUUCGCUCAUCUUUGCUUUGUUAAUACUCAUCAUUUUGAAGCAUUUGUACUGA